AUGGUGAAAACACUUCCUUUUGGUGACAUCCAAGUCCCAACGCCGGGUUUCGGUGCUAUGGGUCUGAGCUUUGGCUUGGGUAGCGAUCUCACUCUAGCAGAAGCCGAGCCGGUACUUCUGAAAGCGAUCGAACUCGGUUGUACAUUCUGGGAUACCGCUGUUGUUUAUCAAGCAGGUGUAAACGAGAAGCUUCUGGGCGAUUUCAUCAGAAAGCAUAACGUCCGUGACAAAAUCUUCCUUGCUUCAAAAUGCGGCUUCGAUGUUUUUGGGAAUGGCGCAGUCACCAAUUCUGCAUCGCAUAUCAAGGAGUAUAUCGAAGGGACUAUUGAAAGAUUAGGCUUUACUCCUGACUUGUAUUAUCUUCAUCGAAUCGACCCCAACACCCCCCUCGAGGAAUCUAUUCCUGCACUUGACGAGAUCCGCAAGGCCGGGAAAACGAAGUACAUCGGCCUCUCAGAAUGUUCUGCAUCAACCCUUCGCAAGGCAAAUGCCAUCGCCAAAAUUGAUGCUAUACAGGCAGAAUACUCGGCCUUUGAGACACUCCAUGAGACUGAUGGCCUAAUCGACACCGCAAAAGAACUCGGUGUAACAUAUGUCGCUUACAGUCCUCUUGGUCAUGGAUGGCUUGUCGAUGAGUUCAACUUUAAUUCUCCGGAUGAUUUCGCCGAUGACGAUUUCCGCAAAAGAAGUCCCAAAUUCCAAGGCGAAAACUUUUAUCAGAACAAGAAAAUUGUUGUUGAGAUCAAGAAAAUUGCCUCUCGAAAGGCUUGUACUAUUAGCCAGAUUGCCCUCGCCUGGGUCGCUGCGCAAGGAAUGAUUGCUAUUCCUGGCACAACCAAGGCGCACAGACUUGAAUCAAACUGGGGGUCGCGUGAUAUUAGUCUUAGCGAUGAGGAGAAGGGGGAGAUGCGGAAGAUUAUCGAUGCUGCCAAGCCUCAUGGCGACAGAUAUGCGCCAGCACAACAAGCUAUGGUGGGACAUUGA